AUGGGGAAUGCCGAAUCAGAUAGACGUACCGCCACGUUGGAGAAAUAUAAAGAUAUAUUACCCAGUGAUGCAAAGGAUUGGUAUUAUCAAAAUUUUAAGGUAUAUUUAGAAAAAGAACUUAAAAAAAAUGGUAUUCCGUGGAAUGAAUCAAACUUUUUACAACUUUUGAAAAAACAUAAAGAAAAUGUUCCAGUUAGUGAUAAAGGUAAAUUUUGUAGAUGGAAAGAAAUACAAAAAGAGAUUUUCGAUGCUGUUAUACAACAUCAUCAAUACGAUUAUUAUUAUCCUUGGGAAACAGAUGCAGAACGUAUAUUAAAUGAAUCCCCUAAAACUCAAGAAUUUAUUGGAAUUGAUUGUAAUGAAAUUGAUACAGUAGAAAAAGAAACUAAGAGUUCAACAGGAAAACUAUGUUCUUUUAAUACUACAGAAAUAGGUUCAUGUUUACCUGAACGUCGAAAGGAUUUAUAUAUGGAAGGUAUAAAAACAAAUAUUGAAAUAACAGAAACACUUAUAGAUUCAAAAGGGUCCAAUACAGUGGUACAACCUCUUUUUCUUGGAAGUGUGGUGAGUUCUCUUGCACGUAAGGCAAAUACUGAAAUUCAAAAAUUAAAACGUAGUGGAAAAACUGAUACAGACAUAUGUAAAAUAAUGCAAAGAAAUAUUGCUGAUUAUAAAGAUUUGUUUCUUGGAAAAGAUAUUGUGCCAUAUAGUUAUUCGAAAAAUUUACAAUGUAGAUUGGAAAAAAUACGUAAUUAUAUAGAUCAACAAGAUGAAACAAAAUAUAAUAAUUUAUUAGAUACCAAAAUUAAAAAAAUUGUACAAAAUCAUUUAGAUGAUUUAAUAGAUGAAGAUGGAAAUAAAUGCACGUUAUAUAAUAUGUCGCAUACAGAUUUUCAAUGUCUACGUUUUUUAGAUGAAUGGUUUGAGGACUUUUUAAAAAAAAAACAAAAUAUCCAAAAUCAUAUAAUACAUACAUGUUUUAAUAAAAAGUCAAAAACACUAUCAUUAGUUGCUGGUACUAAAAGUGACAUGACAUGUAAAACUUAUUGUGAUGGUUAUAAAAAAUUUCUAGAGGGUAGUAGAUCCUGUUAUCAAACAUAUCUUAAAAAAUGCACAGAAAAUAUUAUGAACACAGAAGAUAAAAUAAAUGGUAACAAAUAUGAAGAACAUAUUGUAAAGACCGAAAUUAAUAAUAUGCUUAAAAAAAUAAAGAAAAAAUUACGCUGUCCAGAUUCUAUUUGUGGAGAAGAUCAUGAAGUAAUUUUAUCCCCAUAUUUUGUACCAAGUAAUACUUUUUUUUCUCUUCAUAAAGGUUAUUAUUGCGGGUGUCAACCGUACAAUAAUAAUUUCAAAAAUAUUUUGAAGAAGUACAGUGAGCAAAAUGGUCACACCACAAAUAUAUCCGAACUAGAAACUAUACUGAACGAACUUAGUUUAUGUUCGAUGAAUGAUUAUGAUUUUGACGGAACAGUUGGGGGUAAGGGGGAAAACGUUGUUACAAAGAGUAGAGAUGUUAGUGAUGUGAAGGGUAUGUGUGAAAUUACAUAUCGUGAUUCAUUUAUUCGAAAAGGAAAUAUUGGUAAUCCGUGCUGGAAUUAUAACAUAGAUAAUAAAAAAUGGAUAUGCGAUGGAACAACAAAAAGAAAUGAUGGGACAUUAUUAUUAUCCUGGAAGAAUAAAGCGUGUAUGCCUCCAAGAACACAAGUGUUAUGUUUAGGAUAUUUACACGCAGAUAACACUGGGAAAAUAUACAAUUAUCUUGAUUAUAUUGAUACUAGCCAAAAACUUUUGACUGAAAUACUGAUUGCGGCGAAAUACGAAGGCGAAAAUAUAAAAAAAUUUUAUAAAGGAAACACAGAUACUGAAAAGACCCAAUUAUGCAAUGCUUUGAAAUACAGUUUUGCCGAUCUAGGUGAUAUUGUUCGCGGACGAAGCAUAUGGGAAAAUGGAUAUAUCCAGAGGAUGGAAACCAAUUUAAAGGCAAUUUUCGAUAAAAUAUAUAAUAAAUUACCUAGUGAGAAAAAAAGUAUAUAUAAUGAAAAAAAUGAUACAAGUUAUUAUUAUUUGCGAGAAACAUGGUGGAAUACUAAUAGAGAAUAUAUAUGGAAAGCGCUACUUUGUGGUGCACAAAUAAAUGGAGGUGGUUGUGGCGGUACUGUCCCCAAUAUAGAUUAUAUGCCGCAAUUUUUACGGUGGCUAACCGAAUGGAGUGGUGACUUUUGUCGGGAGAAAAACACAUACGACAUAACAUAUGAUCACAUAGAUAACGUGAAACAGGAUAAAAAUAUAGAAUCUAUGUGCAAAGGAUGUAAUGCGGACGGAGGUGGAGAUUGUUUAAGCAGUUAUCCGAAAUCUGGAUAUUUUUCUUCAACUACUACAUGUUCAGAAUGCAGAAAAACAUGCAAACAAUAUAAGGAAUGGAUAGAAAAACAAAAAAAAGAAUAUGAACAACAAAAAAAAAAAUACAAAGAAGAAAUUGAAAAUUCGAAAAAAACAGAAAAUGGAAGUUCAGGUAAAACUGUACUUCGUGUACGACCUAUAUCAGAAAACACAAGAAAUAUAAAUGAAUUUUUUAAUAGAAUUGUUAGCGAAUAUCCUGAUGUUAACAAAUUUUUGGAUGAAAGGUCUCAACAUACUGGUUGUAAAUACAAUAGAGAUCCAGUAAUAUUUAUAAAUAAUGAUGAUGAUAACAAAAAUCCAAAUGACCCUUUUAAUGAAAAACAUAAACACUGUAAAACAUGCAACGAACAAAUACAUCUCCAAGAAUUAACUAAAGGUACAAUGCUUGCAGAUGGGAUGCCGGGAUCUCCACCAAAUAGACAUCCGGCAUCACCGACUGCUCCACCAGGUGGUAGUGGUGGUGUAAAAAGGGGUAAAGAUGGAAGCAAAAGUGGCGCCACGCAGACAACUACUACAUCAACUACCACUACAAGUGAUACAAAAAAAGCUGGUACUGUACAUAACGAAUGUGAUCUUGUAUUAGAAAAAAUGUCGAAUUAUUGGGAUUGUAACCAAAAAGAUAGCAAUAAAAACCCUGUAUGCAAACAAGAAAAUGGUGCUAUAUCUGCUGUAGAAGAUGACGAAGAUAAUGAAGAUGAAUAUGGUAUCUAUAAGGAUGAAUUUUUCAAAUUAUUUAAUAAAUGGCUAAAUUCAUUUUUAGAAGAAUACAAAAGAUUUAAGGAUAAAAUAAAAGAUUGUAAAACAUAUGCAUCGCAAAAUAAAUGUGGCCAAGAAUACUGUAAGGUAAAAUGCUAUUGUUUGAAUAAAUGGAUAAAGAAAAGAAAAAAAGAAUGGGGAAUGCAGAAACAAUAUUAUGAAAGGUUUAAUAAAAAAAGUUAUGGAGAUGCACAUUUAAAAGUUUUAGGUAGUCUUGAUCUUUAUUUUAAGACACAAUUUCAACAAAAAUUUCUUAAUGUUAUGGGUAACGAAAUCAGCAGACAAGAACUAGAACAAUUUUCAGAUGAAAAAGAUCCUUUAAAACCAAUAUUAAUAAAAUCACAAGAAUUAAUUGAUGACUGUAUGAGAAAAUGUCCCAAAAAGCUUUCAUGUAGUGAAAAAGGGUUCAAGAACGAGUGGGAGUGCGAAACAGCCGAGACUACUGCAGGUGGUAGUGGUACUGGCAAUAGCGGUGAUAUAUGUUUAAAAAAAGGCGAUAACAAAUAUGAAAAAGAAAAUAUGAAUAAAGUGGAAGACGUGUAUCAAUUUUAUGACUCGUUCGAGGAAUGGAUCGAUUAUAUGGAAAAAUCAAUAAAUGAAAAAAUGAAAAUACUCAAACAAUCGUGUGAGAACCAGUUGGGUGGUAGGUCGUCACGUGGUACUGGUAGUACGUUGGAUUGUGGGACUUGUACUGACGACUGCAAAUGUUAUGAUGGGUGGAAAAAACGAAUUGAUGGGCAGUGGGAUAAACUCAAAGAAUACUACAACAAUUACAAAGAAAGAAAGGACAAUAAGAUGCAAGGUAUUGACCUGAAUAUUUUUUUGGAAGCAUUAUGUGAAACGAAAUAUGGUGAAAAUAGUGGUACUGGUGAAGAUAUAUGUGAAAAACUGAAAGGUGAAAAAUCAAAUUUUGUGGAAGGACUAUUAGAUAAAAACCAGGAUAAAACGAAAUCUGUGUGUGACGUUUGCGAUACAAAAAAUACAAAAGACUCGUUUGACGGUACUACAUGUAGUGGAAUUAGUGAUAUUACUGACCAGGAAUGUAAACCAAAAACAUUUGAUGAUCUGAAAAAAGGUGUAAGCAACUCGUAUGAACGAGAAAAAUCAUGGGGUUGUAGAAAUAAAAUUAAUAAUAAUCAAUCCUCAGAAAUUGUAAAAGAUGUAUGUGUCCCUCCAAGAACACAACCUUUAUGUAUAGCAAACAUGGUAACUUCAAGUGGAACAAUAAAAGGGGGAUGGUCGAACGAAAAUGAUUUGAAAACAAAAUUAAAAGCUGCAAUUAAAAAGGAAACAAAACGAUUACACGAAUAUUACACGACAAAGAAUGGCAGUGCUGGUAUAACACCUGCCGCGACAGGAGAAAUACCUCGUGGAUUUUGCGAUGCUGUAUAUCGUAGUUUUAAUGAUUACAAACAUAUGGUUUUAGGAGAUAUGUUGUGGAAACCUAAAAGUAUUGAUGCCUUGGAAAAACAAAUUAAAACGAUUAUUGAAAAUGGUAAACCUAGUACUACUAGGGAACAAUGGUGGAGUAAAAAUGAGUCCGAAUUUUGGAAUGCAGUAAAAUGUGGGAUCAAAGCGGGCAAUGGAGAUCCCACUAGUUGUCCGCGACUCAUUAAUGAUGAUGAUCAAUUUGAAUGGUGGGCCAAGGAAUGGUCCGACGAUUUCUACGAGAAACGAAAACAAUUGGCGGACAAGGUGGUGAUGGAGUGUAAUGGUAGUAAAGGGUGUAGUGGUGUUAGUGGUCAAACUACACCUAGUGGUGAUUGUGGAACCAAAUGUACACAGUAUAAAACGUUUUUAGAAAAAAAAAGGAAUGAAUGGAAAGAUAAUUUCAAAAAAUAUUUAGAUGAUAAAGAAAAGGAACAAAAAACGAAAUCAAAAACCAUUCCUGAGGACACAAAAAUGUAUAUGCCACAAAACCAUUAUUUAAUAUCUGCUUGUGCUAAUAAUUCAUGUACUGGAAAAGAAUUUAUAGGAAUAUUAAGUGAUAAAAAACCUUAUGGGGAAUAUGAAAAAGAAUGCACGUGCAAGACACCGACACCAGACGAAACGAAUCCUUGUAGUGAUAGAUUUGAAUUUCAUUCAUGUAAUGAAAAAAAAUUUAGUAAAAAUAUAUGGAGUAGCACAUAUGUGAAAAAUCCUAAAGAUCGAGGUAAAGUGUUUUCCCCGCCAAGACGUAACAGUAUAUGUAUAGGAUGGUUAUUUUCGCCAAUUAUUGAAACAAAUAAAGAUAAAGCCAAAGAGGAAUUGAAAAAAAAAAUUAUCGACGCAUCAAAAGGGGAGUCACACUACCUACACAAAUAUUACACAAAUAGUGCUACCAAAACUCUCGACAAAGACGCGUUUUGUAAAGCCCUGAAACGCUCGUUCGCAGAUAUUGGAUAUAUGGUGAAAGGGACCGAUCUGUGGAUGGCAGGGUACUCGCCUCUUGUGGAAAACAAUAUACGCGAUGUAUUUGCAAUGAAGGAUGGUAGUGGUACUACACCACCUAGUGAGGAACAAAUAAAAAAUGCACGCAAAACAUGGUGGGAACAAAAUAAAGAUACAAUCUGGAAAGAAAUUUCGAAAUGUAAUGGCACCUACUUAUGUGGAGAUACCGCCCAUGACGAUGACAAGAAACCUCAGUUUUUAAGAUGGCUAGAAGAAUGGUCCGAACAUAUGUGCGAAGAAAGACAAAAACAAUUGAAAGAGUUACAAACAAAGUGUAAUGAAAGUGGCAAGGACGUACAGAGUGAUAAAAAUUGCGACCGAGGAAGUGAAGCUUGCAAACAACAAUGUAAUAAAUAUAAUAGAUGGAUAACUACUCAUAAAAAUGAAUGGUUAGGCCAAAAAUCUAAAUACGAAGAAAUAUUCAAUGAUAAGUUCGGUGAAAAUUAUGAUGACUUUAAACAACAUAUGAAGGGUAAUGCAGAUGCAAAUACAUAUAUAACAUCCAAGAAUGAUAAAUGCAAAAGUGGCACCACAAAAGUAAACCUGGAUACCAUUUUCAACAAAACCGAUGACGAUUAUAAAAAAUACGAACCCUUCUGCACAACAUGCCGAAUCAACGAUAUAGCUCAAAAGGCAAAAGAGAAUACACAUGAUAAUCCUUGUGGAAAUAAAAGUGGCAAACACGUGCGUGUGAAAAAAGUCGCACAACAGAUGCAAAAACAGACAGAACAGGACACACAAGGUCGUAGUGGUAAUAUUAGUUUGUUGAAAGGAAAGCCAGAACAAGGUGAAUAUAAACAUAAGGGUGAAGGAAGUCAGUUGCAGAACGGCAUAUGUGGUUUAACGAAUAAACAUUCCAAUGAUCGUCGUGCUGUUGGUGAUUAUCAAGGACCAUGUAAAGGCAAAGGAACCAGUAAAAAUGAAGAUAUACACACUCGAUUUGUUGUAGGUGUUCGCUGGCAAAAGGAUCCGACUGAUAUUCAUCCAAACCACCCUGAUGUUAUUAUGCCCCCCAGAAGACGUCAUAUAUGUACCUCGAAUUUAGAAAAUUUAGAUGUGGAUAAAGCUGAUGGACUCAAAGUUAAUAAAGUUAAUGAUUCUUUUUUGGGAGAUGUAUUGCUAACUGCAAAAGAGGAAGCAGACAAAAUAAUAGAAAUGUAUAAAGAAAAGAAUAACUUAAAACACCUCAAUGACGAAAAUCACAAGGAAACUGUAUGUCGAGCAAUGAAAUAUAGUUUUGCAGAUAUUGGCGAUAUUAUUCGAGGAAGAGAUUUAUGGAGUAGAAACGGUGACAUGCAAAAUCUAGAAAAAAAUUUGAAAGCCAUAUUUAAAAAAAUUAAAGGAACAGUUAGUGACCAAACCAAAUAUGCUAGUGACAACGAACCAUAUAAACAAUUGAGAUCCGAUUGGUGGACUGCAAACCGAGAACAAAUAUGGGAUGCAAUGAAAUGUGGAUACAAAAGUAGUGUCAAAUGUGAUGGUGAAAGUAAUACCCCAUUUGACGACUACAUCCCACAAAAAUUGAGGUGGAUGACCGAAUGGGCCGAAUGGUUUUGUAAAGCACAAAAAAAAGAGUAUGAGGAAUUGGUGCAGGCGUGUCAGGGAUGUAAUGCUAGUGGUAAAAAAUGUGAUAAAGAUGAGUGUGAUAAGUGCAAAACAGCUUGUGGUAAAUAUAAAAAAGUUGUUGGUGAAUGGGAAACGGAUUGGAAAGAACAAAAAACAAAAUACGAUCAAUUAUACCAAAAAGCACAAACUAGUGGUAGUAGUAGUGAUGAAAAUCAAAAAUAUCUUGACUUAUUUUUACAUAAACUUAAGGAACAAAAUAGUAAAAAUGACCCAUAUAAAACUGCUGAAGUAUACAUACAUGAAGAACUUAAAAAUAUGGAAUGUAAAGAACAAAAUGAAUUUUGUGAAAAAAAAUCUAGUGCUACUAACCCCAAUUAUGCUUUUGAGAAGACACCAAAAGACUAUGCUACAGCGUGUAGUUGUAGCACGACACCAGUGGUACCGACGACACCGGAGUGCAAAAUAGAAACAUAUGUUUCGGAAAAUGAAAACACAAGAAAAAGUACGGGAGGUUGUAAUGAUAAAGAGAACGUAGAUUGGAAUUGUGAUACAAGUAAGUUUAAAACUGGUAAUGAUGGAGCCUGUAUGCCUCCACGAAGACAAAAAAUGUGCAUUCAUUAUUUACAAAAUAUGAAUAAUGCAAAAGGUAAAACAGAAGAAGAAAAUUUAAAAGACGCAUUGUUGAAAUCGGCAUCACUGGAAACACAUUUGUUAUGGAAAAAAUUUAUAUCCGAUAAAAAAAAUGAAAAACCACAAGUACAACCAGAUGAACUCGAAAAAGAAUUAAAAGAAGGAAAAAUCCCCCCUGAAUUUUUACGAACUAUGUUCCAUACGUUUGGCGAUUUCAAAGAUUUGAUAACAGGAGAAGAUAUAGGUAUUCAUACAAAUAAUAACGAUAUAGGGCCAAAAGUAAAACAAAUUUUAGAGAAACCAAGUAGUGGCACCCACCUUAGCACCCCCAUAGACCCCUCAACCUGGUGGAAUGGUGUUGCCACUGAUGUGUGGGACGCGAUGGUAUGUAGUCUGACACACGGGGUAAGUGGCAUGGACACGGCGGCGAAAGAAAAACUAAAAACCAACAACGCGUUUGGUACAGUGACAUUUAGUGGUACCACCACCACAUCUAGUGGUUCCACUGACGGCCUCGCGGCAUUCGCCUCUCGGCCGCAGUUUCUUCGCUGGAUGACCGAAUGGGGGGAACAAUACUGUCGUGAGUACACGAAGGAAUUUAAGAAAUUGGAGGAUGCGUGUCAGGAGUAUGAAUGUAAUGGGAAUAAAGGUGAUAAAACAAAAUGUGAAAACCAAUGUUCAGAAUAUAAUACAUGGUUGGGAACUUGGAAAGGACAUUAUACAAAACAAAGUGGGAAAUAUACUCAGGUUAAAAAUAAUUCUGACUAUAAAAGUGCUGAUAGUGACGUAGGAAAUUCAUCUGAUGCUAGAGAUUAUUUACACAAAAAAUUAAAAGAUAUGAAAUGUACAAAGAAUAGCAAACCUCAACCUUGUGAAUAUAAAUGUAUGGAAAAAGAGUCACAAAAACCCCAAACCCCCCCAAAUAGUGAUAAUAUCCCAGAGUCGAUGGAGUAUCCACCAACGGGUUAUGAAAAAAAGUGUUUGUGUGAUUCAUCCAAACCGGCAGAAGCGAAAGGACAAGAUCAAACAGUACAGCCACAACAAGGUGGUACUAGUGGUACAGGUAGUAGUGUUGAUCCUGGUACUACUAGUAGUGGUGGUGGACAAGGUGCUAAUACUCCUGAUUCUACUGAUCCUAAUGGCCAAGAUCCUAGUAGUGGUACUGGUGGUACGUCACAAGGUAGUAAAGAUCCUAGUGUUCCUGCUGUUCCAAGUAGUAGUAGUUCAUCUAGUAGUUCUUCGUCGAGUAGUUCAAGCAGUAGUUCCAGUGGUACGCCAUCACCUGGACAAUCUUCAACGACACAGAACACAUCAUCUCGCAACACGACACAAAAAAAAACGGCGGAAUCAUAUAGACCUAAUCCGUUACCGCGAACUAAUUUUAUUAAAGAUAGUACUCCUAUUAAUAAAAGUGGAAAUUCUGUUGAUCCAUCAGGAAUAUCUAGGAGUAUUAAUACUUCAAAAAAACCAAAAAAAAAAAUACCUACGGAAUAUAUGAAUUGUGGUGAAAAAGCUGCUGAUCAAUUAAGGAUUAAUGCACAAAAAAAUAAAGAUGUUUUAAAUAAAUUGACGGGAUCAGGAUCAAAAAAUAUGUACACGAUCGAAUCUGGAAAUACAUUUGGAAAUCAAACGUCUUGCACAAUUAAUAAAAAUCACGUUAGUUCUAUAGCAAAUGCUUCUUGUGAAGCUAAAGGAAAUCCUUUUGAUGAUACGGGAUGGGAAUGUAACAAUGGAAGAAACAGAAUGUCUAAUGAACAAGUAUGUGUUCCACCAAGAAGAAAACAUAUGUGUACAAGAAAUUUGGAAACAUUUCUAUACACAACACUUGAUAAUACAGAUGAUUUACUGAAAGAAGUUUUAAUUACAGCAGCAUAUUUAGGGAAACAUAUAAAUGAUAAAUGGCUGGAAACAUAUAAAAAAAACGAAUCAAGGAAACAAUCCGAAAUAUGUGAUACUAUGAAAUACAGUUUUGCCGAUUUGGCAGAUAUAGUGCGAGGAAAUGAUCUGUUAAUAAAAUAUGAAAAAAAAAAUAGAAUAAAACAAAGAUUAGAAAAGGUUUUCCAAAACAUUUAUAAUAAAAUGGGAAACGAAGAUAAAGCCAAAUAUCGAGAAAAUAAUUGGUCUUAUUAUAAAUUGAGAAAUGGUUGGUGGGAUGCUAAUAGAGAAUAUGUUUGGGAAGCAAUAACAUGUGCUGCACAAGAUAGUGCUACUAUUUUUAAAAAAAAAAAAAAUGAAAAUGGUACUACAACUGAAAUGUUGUCACUAGUUAAAUGUGGCCAUAACUAUGAACCCCCUGUUGACGACUAUAUUCCUCAAAGAUUUCGAUGGAUGCAAGAAUGGUCUGAACAUUUUUGUAGAAAAAGAACCAAAGAAAUUGAAAAAUUAAAAUCAGAAUGCAAAAAAUGUGAAUUACAGGGUUUAUCAUGUAAGGAUGAUAAUGAUGGAAGAAAAUGUACAGACUGUAAAGAAACAUGUAAAUCGUAUAGUGAAUUUAUUGAUAAAUGGAAAAACGAACUAAACAUGCAAUCGAAUAAAUACAAAGAAUUGUAUAAAAAAGUAAAUAAAAAUGGUAGUAUUGGUAGUCCAUAUAGUUAUGAUCAUGUUACGGAAUUUUUAAAAGAAGUGCAAGUAAAAUGCGAAAAUCCAAAUAGUGCCGAAAAAUAUCUCGAUAAAACAACUAAUUGUCCUAAAAUUAAAUUUAUGCCCAAUAGUGAUUCUCAAUCUAUCGGUGAUGGUUCUGCUAUUGAUAAUAGGGAUUAUUCUUUUGAAUCUCCCCCAAAAGACUACAAAGAUUCUUGUAAUUGUACAGCACCCGAUCCAUUGGAUAAAUGUCCGUAUGAAAAUAAUAAUAAAAAUCAAAAUGUGUGUAAUAUCAUUUCUAAAAAGGAAAGUGCAUGUCCAAAUAAAACAUUUAAAAAUGAUCUAAACGAGUGGACUGAUCAAGAAGUGAAAGAGUUAAACGCUAACAAUAAAGGUGUACUUGUACCUCCUAGAAGAAGACAAUUAUGUCUUAAAUAUGUAAAUAGAAAUUUCACUAAUAUAAAUAAUAUGGAAGAAUUCAAAGAAAAAUUUAUUCAAUAUGUCUACACUGAAGGAAAAUUGUUAGGUGAAAAGUAUAAAAACCAAACUACGGAAGCAUUGCAAUUAAUGAAAUAUAGUUUUGCUGAUUAUGGAGAUAUAAUUAAAGGUACAGAUAUGAUGAAUAGUACAACAUCUACAGAUAUAAAAACAAAAUUAGAAAAUCUACUUAAAAAUGCACAAAGUCAUGCACAACACAAUACGAGCAUCCAACAAUAUAAUAGUGUUAAUGAUUGGUGGACACAAAAUAAAAAACAUGUAUGGCAUGCGAUGUUAUGCGGAUAUCGAAAAGGAAACAAUAUUAAUGGAAAAUUGGACGAAAAAUGGUGUGAAGUACCCACUGAUGAUGAAACGCCUCAGUUUCUUCGAUGGUUAGAAGAAUGGGCAAAAUUGUUUUGUUAUGAAAAAAAAAACAAUGCAAAAAAGGUUGUAGACGAAUGUUUACAAAAAACUGAAAUACAAGGAGCCAAAAAAAUUACUGAUAUAACAGACAUAACAUGUAAAGAUAUACUAGAAAAAUACAAAGAAUGGUACCUUAAAAGACAUCAUCAAUGGGAAGGAUUAAAGAAAACUUAUAAAUCUCGAUUUUCAAAAGGUGCUAUUCAGUCGUCCCAAACACAUACACCAUCAGAAAAUGAUGCAAAAAAAUAUGUGAAAAGCAAAUGUAAAGAAUGUGAUUGUAAAUAUAAAGAUUUACAAGAAAUGUACAAAAGAAAAGAUAAUGCUGAGAAAUUAUAUGAUGAAUUGAUACAUACAGCUCGAAUUGAUAGUUUUGAUCCUACAAAAAAAACAUUUUACGAUAUUUUAACUCUUGGUGGUCAUGGUCCAGAUAUUGCAAAAGCAGCUUUUGAUGCUGCUAAAAAUGUAAUUUCUGAAGGAUCUAAAUAUGGAUUUCAAGCUGCAAAAGCAAUCUUAAAUGAAUUUAAGGAAACACUUAAUAAAAUGAAUACGAAUGAUUCCAAUAAAAACAACGUACAACCUGAUACAUCACCACCUACUCCAUCACCCUCACCCCCAAAUGAUCAACCAGAUGUCACGAAUAACAUAUUAUCUUCCACUGUUCCUAUUGGAAUAAGUUUUGCACUAGGUUCGAUCGCUUUAUUAUUUUACCUUAAGAAAAAACCUAUACUUCGACCUACGAAACUUUUUCGAGUUAUUGAUAUUCCCCAAAACGAUUAUAGUAUACCUACAAAUGAGUCGUCCAAUAGAUAUGUACCAUAUGGUAAAUAUAAAGGAAAAACAUAUAUAUAUGUCGAAGGAGAAGAAACGGACGAUUACAAUUAUAUUCGUGAUAUAUCUUCCUCUGGUAUUACAUCUUCGUCAGAAAGUGAAGUGGAAGAGAUGGAUAUUAAUGAUAUAUAUCCCUAUAAAUCGCCAAAAUAUAAAACUUUGAUCGAAGUGGUACUAAAACGAAGUAACAAAACAACAAAUGAUGAUACAUAUAAAGAUAAUAUAGUGGAUACUAGCUAUAUACCAAGUGUUAAAUAUAGUGACAAACAUAGUGAUAUACCAAGUGAUAAACCAAGUGAUAUACCAAGUUAUAAACCAAGUGAUAUACCAAGUUAUAAACCAAGUGAUAUACCAAGUUAUAAACCAAGUGAUAUACCUAGUGAUAUACGAAGUGGUAAUACAAAAAGCGUAACAACAAGUGACAUACCCACCAAUAAACUUAAAGAUGAAGAAUGGAAUCAAUUGAAACACGAUUUUAUAUCGCAGUAUUUAAAACAUAUAAGACCUGAUGUCCCCUUAAAUAAUGAGUUACCAGAUGAUUAUAUAUAUAAGGAUACCCAACCUAAUAUUACACACGAUAGUAUGCAAGAAAAACCUUUUAUUACAUCUAUUCAAGAUAGGGAUUUACAUAAUGGUAUUGAAGAGGUUACUUAUAAUAUUGAAUGGAAUGUUCCUGAAAAUAUUAAUAGGACUGCUAAUAUCAUGAAUAAUUCAAAAUACAAUAGUUUAUAUAGUGGUAUUGAUUUAAUUAACGAUUCGUUAAAUCAUAAUCAUAAUGUUGAUAUUUAUAAUGAGUUGCUCAAAAGGAAAGAAAACGAAAUGUUUGGAACAAAAUAUACGAAACAUACAUCAACAAAUCGUGUUGUCAAGGGAACACAUAGUGAUCCUAUAAGUAAUCAAAUAGAUAUAUAUCAUAAAUGGUUAGAUAGACAUAGAGAUAUGUGCAACCAAUGGAAUAACAAAGAGGAUAUUUUGAAAAAAUUGAAUGAUAAGUGGAAUAUUGAACAUAAAGAACAUGUAUUUGAUAUACCACCAUCAAUUCAUAAUGAUAUUAAUGAUGAAACAUAUAAUAUGAUUAAUACAAACACUCAUGAACAUAAUGAUAUAACAUCAGUUGAACAUCUUGGAUCAACAAAUAUUCCAUAUAUUGUUCUUACAACGCAAAAUAAUGGUUCUCAAACAAACAAUUUACGCACAAAUGUAUCUAUGGAUAUAUAUUUUGAUGAAAAAUAUAAUAAUAAUAAUAAUAAUAAUGUGUUAACCACUGAUAUAACGCAUGAAGAGGAUAAUUUGGAAACUAUGUACAACUUUUGA